UCCCGUUGGUAGCCGCCCGGACGCGCUGGCCGUGCAGCGGUCCGACCCCGCCGGCAGGAUGUCAGCCAGUAUCCCUGGAAGCUCAAAUGUGGCUGCUGGCAGUAAUCGUCGUCUUCAGCAGACUCAACACCAAGUAGAUGAGGUUGUUGACAUCAUGAGAGUGAACGUGGACAAGGUAUUGGAGCGAGAUCAGAAGCUGUCAGAGUUGGAUGACCGUGCUGAUGCACUGCAAGCAGGAGCUUCCCAGUUUGAGACCAGUGCAGCCAAGCUGAAAAGAAAGUAUUGGUGGAAGAACUGUAAGAUGUGGGCAAUAUUGAUAGCUGUUGUUCUCAUUAUCAUCAUCAUCAUCAUUAUUGUCUGCAGUGUGCCUUCAUGAGUUACAGGAAGAAACUCGGAUCAACUGAUGGUGCCCAUCUUCAGCCACUCCACUUCAGACCUGCUGUAUUUUCAGCCCAUUUACUGCUGUUUAAAGCAAAACUAUUUUGAUUACUGAGAUGUUAGCUAAAUUUACCUGGUUGCCUUAAGACACUCCUGUCAUAAAUUACUAACAAGCACAGCC